GCCCCGGCCAGGGCUGGAUCAGGCCCGGAAAUCCCAGCCUGCCCAGUGGGAUCGGGGUUGUGGUGCCGGGCAGGAUGCGAGGCAAGGAUGAUGAGUACGAUUACCUCUUCAAAGUUGUGCUCAUUGGGGACUCUGGGGUGGGGAAGAGCAACCUCCUCUCACGCUUCACCCGCAACGAGUUCAACCUGGAGAGCAAGAGCACCAUCGGCGUGGAGUUUGCCACUAGGAGCAUCCAAGUGGACAACAAGACGGUGAAGGCUCAGAUCUGGGACACGGCCGGGCAGGAGCGGUACCGCGCCAUCACCUCUGCGUACUACCGUGGGGCGGUGGGGGCUCUGCUCGUCUACGACAUCGCCAAGUACCUGACGUACGAGAAUGCGGAGCGGUGGCUGAAGGAGCUGCAGGACCACGCGGAUGCCAACAUCGUCAUCAUGCUGGUGGGCAACAAGAGCGACCUGCGGCACCUCCGGGCCGUGCCCACCGAUGAGGCCAGGAGCUUUGCAGAGAAGAAUGGGUUGUCCUUCCUGGAGACGUCUGCUCUGGACUCCACCAACGUGGAGACAGCUUUCCACAACAUCCUCACUGAGAUCUACCGCAUCGUGUCCCAGAGGCAGAUCCCGGGGCAGCCGGAGCCCGAGUUCGGCCCCAGCACCACCAUCGAGCCCAUCCGGGUGCUGCCCACGCAGCAGGAGGGCAGGCAGGGACCCUGCUGCCAGAACAUCUGAGCACCCCCAAACCACCCACCAUGUGAUGGCAUCACCUUUAUCACCCUCUACCUCUGUUCGCUGCAGCCCCCCCUCCCGGAACACGAUGGCUGCUUCUGCAUCACCGCCCUUAUGUACACCAUCACGCUGCCCGUGUGCUGCUCGCCCUGUGUUUAUGUAGGACCUACACAAAUAGUGGGGGAAAAACCCCAUCAGGGUCUCUCCCUUCCCUCCCCAUUGUUUGGGACAUGCCAUCUCUUUUUGUCCGUGCUUCCUCUAGCCCUGAAGGCACAGCCGUGGGGUGACUCAGGGUGGCACUGAGUAAGCCCAAACAUCUUGACUCCACAUUGCUGCGGCACCCCUGGGUGCAGCCCUUCAGGGCAGGGUGGAGAGAGGGACACUGGGUGCACCCUUCUUUGGGUGGCACCCAGCCCUGCCCCUUCAGCACCAAGGGCUGGGUGAGCCUCUGGGUGCUGGUGGGGCAGCCGUGGGACACCCUGGUGCGGGCGGGUAGGGAUGGGACAAGGGGGAAUGGCUUUAACCUGCCAGAGGGGAGAUUGAGAUGAGCUCUGAGGUGGUUCUGUGAUUCCACUGCUGCCCCAGCUCGGGGGGACCUGGGGACAUGUCCUUUGGGGGAGCCCUAAGAGGGUGAUAAGGGGAUGCUGUGGGUGGGCAUGUGGUCCCCCUGCAUGGCUGGAGCCAGCAUGUGGGACCCCUCAGCUCUGGCUGCCAGGAGGCACCAUCCUGCCCCACUCCAGCGUUGUCAUUUGUGGGACUGGUGACAGUGUGGCCCAGCCUGGCUGCCACUAGAUGGAGUGGGUGCUGCACCCAUGGGUGCCAGUGGCCCCAGCCCCAGCCUGCCAUGGCCAGAGCCGCUGGGGCAGACUGGGCUGUCCCCAUUCCCCCCAGUGCUGGGCACAUGUUCCCAUCCCAGCAUGGUGUCCGGGGGUCUCUGUCUCUCCAUGGCUGUCCCCAUCACGCAAUCAGCUGUGCCUGGGGCUGGGAUUCAUCCCUGCAAUAGGAAUCUGGGAAAAUCCCCUAAUGACAUUGCCGCUGGAGGCUCCUUCUCUCUCUGCAGGGUCCCUCCAGCCUCACACCUCUGCAACCCCAUCAGGAAGAGCGAGAGGUGAGGAGGGGCAGCAUGAAGGUGUCUUGCUGGAGGGCAGAGCUUGACGUUCAGGCUUGGAGGAGCAGGUCAGGUCCUGCUCCCGUGGCACAGGGUGAGCAGGGGGGUGCCAGCUCCAUUGGGGGUGACCCUGGGCUGGCCAGACCCAUCCUUGGCCACGUCUUGUUGUGUCUGACCGCGGCUGUCCCCAGGCGAGUGACUGUCAUUAACCCACCCCAGCCCCGCGCCACCAUCUGCCCGCACCGAGCCGCGGUGCCAAGAGGUGAUGUCAGCCCUGGCACCAGCACAGCUCCGGCACAGAGAAGCUGUGGCUGCCCCAUCCCUGGCAGUGUUCAAGGCCAGGUUGGACACAGGGGCUUGGAGCAACCUGCUCUAGUGGAAGGUGUCCCUGCCCGUGGCAGGGAGUUGGAACUGGAUGAGCCCUGAGGUCCCUUCAACCCAACCCAUUCCAUGGUUCGAUGAUUCCCAACCACCUCCCCUGCACUUGUGACCAGCCAGAAACCAAGAGCAGAGCCUGAGAUUCUUAAGUAAUAAUACUUUAAUAAAAUUAAGUUCUUAAUGUAA